UGCCUACAUCAUCACCAAGCGUCAACUCGCUGACGCACAACUUACGCGACCACUCGUUUCAAACAACUAACACGUUUUAAACGCGUUUAAACUCGAACGGUGUUCUUUGAUUUGUUUGUCUAGCAGUCAGUGAACUUGUAAAAGCAGCGGUGGACUGUGACUCUCUCUCUCUCGUCGCCAUCUUCCUCCCCAGUGAGGAGGCUUGUUGUGGUUAGCUCGGCGGAGGGGGGGAAGCUAGCAUCUGGACUCAGAAGAUGGACAGUGAAAUCCAGAGAGACGGGAGAGUCCUGGAUCUCACCGACGACGCCUGGAGGGAAGACAAGCUGCCGUAUGAGGAUGUCACCAUACCCCUGAGUGAGCUGCCUGAAGCUGAGCAGGACAACGGGGGAUCCACGGAGUCGGUGAAAGAGCAGGAGAUGAAGUGGACGGACCUGGCCUUGCAGAGCCUCCACGAGAACACACCGAGCACGGGGAGCUGAGAGACUUCUGAAAAGCUGCGGCCGUUUCAACAGAAAUCUCCAAAUCCUCUCAACUUCAGAGACUUCAAUGCAACAGGCCAAAAGUUCUACAAAGUAAAUGACUCACCUGUCCUUUGCCUUAAAAUCAUUGUGAAAGAUUCGCCAACUUGCCUCUAGGAGGAAAAUGUCAUAACAUGCUAAAGUCCGUUUGAAAAUCA